GUGUGGCAGUCGUCUGACUCGUCAGUGAACGUGUUCUCCGAGUUGGAUUGGAAGCGGUGCAUCGGGGUCUCUCUCUGGUUCUUGCUCCCUCCCACCUCCUCCGUGGCCGACGCUCUGUCCGGAUACGAGGCUGCCUUCCAGGGCUCCUGUGAGGGGGGGAAGUACGCCGUGGCCCCCCUGCCCCCCUACCUGGAGGAAGAGGAGCCUCACCUGGAGGAGGAGGAAGAGGAGGAAACCAAACGCCCUCUGCACGACCUCUGCUUCCACCUUCUGAAGCUCUACAGGGACAGACACUACAGUCUGCAGCAGCUGCUCGACCCUCUGAGCGUCACCUGGCAGCGUCUGGACUACAGACUCAGCUGGCACCUGUGGGGCGUCCUUCAGGCGCUGCACUACACUCACCUGAGCUCCUCUCGACAGGGCCUCCUGCACAGCAGCUACGCAGCUCAGCUGGAGAGCAAAGGCCUCUGGCACAUGGCCAUCUUCAUCCUGAUGCACAUCCACGACCACACGCAGCGUGAGCGGGCGGUGAAGGAGAUGCUUGCGCUCUACUGCCCCCUACAGGAGACGGAGGACUCUCAGCAGAGGGAGCGUUUCCUCACUGAGAGGCUUCUGCUCCCGGAGACCUGGAUCCAUCAGGCCAAAGCCACCAGAGCCCGCAGGCACGCAGCCCACCAGCAGGAGGCGCUGCACCUGUACAGAGCCGGAGCCUGGAGCCAGUGCCACCGGUUGCUCAUCCAGCACCUGGCCUCAGACUGCAUCAUCAACGAUAACCACAACUUCCUGCUGGAGUUCCUGGAGGGUCUGGCGGUCCCUGAACGCAGCGCCACCAUCCAGGACUGGGACACCGCGGGGGGGGUGUACCUCGACUACAUCCGGGUCAUCCAGACGCUGCAGCGGAUACAGCAGCUGGAGAGCGCAGGAUAUGAGUUGGAGCGUCUCCACUCUGACGUGACGUCUCUCUGCAGCCGCAUCGAGCUGCUGCCCUGUAGCUGUGCCAGAGACCGCCUCGCCCAAUCAGAGAUGGCUAAGCGCGUGGCGAACAUCCUGCGUGUGGUUCUGAGUCUGCAGCACCCGCUCAGCAUCCCAUUGGCUCGUCUGGCGCCGCACAUCGCCCGCCUGCCGAUGCCCGAGGACUACACUCUGGAGGAGCUGAGAGGCCUCACUCAGGCUUACCUGCAGCAGCUGGUGCUCAGCCAAUGAGGAGCAGCGCGACACCCCGCCACAAUAAAAGCGUCUACAUGAAGAAGUGAGGCGUCUCGAACAGACUUCAAAACCAGAGACAGGAAGUUUCCUCUGGAUGUUUCUGGACUCAAAGCUCCGUCAUUCCUCCUCGUCGUCUUCGUCUGUCCGGAGAGCGAUUACAAAUAUAUAUAACGGUGAAUUAAUAUGAAGGUAAACCAGUUUGAAACCAAACUACGUCACUCUGUCGAGGGUCUGGACCCCCAAACAUCAGAACACAAAUACGAGGGGGUUUAGACAUUUGAUGGGAUGCGAAAAAAGAACAAUUCUGAUUUAUUUGGGGUUAUUUUUCCUCUAAAAGACAUUAAACACAAAAUAUAGAUUUCUUACUGGUCGUACUGGUAGACUUCUGCAAAAAGUGUCAUACUGUAAAAUAUUGAGACAUUUAAAUCUUUUUUUGGGCUCUUUUCUGAAACCUACUGGUUCUUUCUGUUUCUAUUCUAUUUUGAAAAUCGCUCUCCAGACUGUCACGCUGAUAUUUAUGUUUAAGUUGCAUUUUAGUUGUGAAAUAAGCUUCAAAUUCUGUCCUGUUGACGCGACUUUGAGACAAAAGCCACCCAGAGUUCUGCUUUAAUAGACGGUAUGUUGCAGAUGAAGCGUAACCAAUGGGCAGCAGGGAGUAAGAAAGUGUCUAUACUGGCAUUUCAAAAUAAAUCGACCAGAAAUAUGAAGUCCACACUCGGCUGGAGUCUUUUCAGAGUUCCUGCUAGUGUUUUAUUUUUGAAAUUCUCCCCAGUAAACGGACGUACUUCCUGUUUCAGCAACGCCUGUAAUUUCACCCCAAAGAAAGCGCUGCGUUAUUGAUUUAAAAACAAAGUUAUUCCUCGUUAUUUUUGUUUUCAUUUUUUUCCACAUUUGGCAAAUAAGGAGCUAGCUUAGCGUAGCAUCUGUUCACGUGUCCAUAUGUGAAUAAAGACAAUUAUCUUAUUGCUAUUAAAGACGAGCUAACGGGGGGGGGGGGGCGUUUGGACUCAACAUGCAGAGUGUAAAAUGGUCUAUUUUUGUAGAUUGUGUUGAAUGUAAAUCAGGUGUGUGUGUGUGUGUGUGUGUGUGUGUGUGUGUGUGUGACAUGUAUUAGCAGGAAGUGAAGAGGUGCCUCCGGACAGCCGGAGAUUCCUCUGCAUGUAAUUAUAUAAAUAUUGUAUAUUUUUGGAAAGUCACACCAGGUGGUUUCUGUUCAUCGUCUCUAACGGAGUGUUUUUAAGGAGGAAACUCUUCACUUCUCGAAGGGUUUGGUCGUUUUUGUUUUUGUGUUUUAGAAUAACUGUCAGCUUGCCAAGAAACAAACUAUAUGAUGUCUGCUUAUUGUCCUGAGUGUGUGUACGGGGUGUGUGUGGAUGGAUACUGCUUUGUGUGUGUGUGUUGGAUGUGUGUGUGGAUUGAUACUGCUUUGUGUGUGUGUGUUGGAUGUGUGUGUGUGUGUGUGUGUGUGUUGGAUGUGUGUGCACGUUUCCUGAUCAUUUUGUUGAUAUUUUUUAAUAAAGUCAAGUAGAAAUAAAGUUUUUUUCAUGCUA